UCAUUGGACGUUCCAAGAAUCUUGGAACUCAACAGCACUAGGAUUCUAAACUGUUACUAGGUGUCAACUUCACCUUGCCUACUGUAGUGUUCUCCCUUCACAUGACACUGCAGGUUAGUGAUCACUCCCCAAAAGGGCACGCCAGAAGCAUUCUCCACUCAUAUUUGGCUACAAAGAGAAUCUGUUGAGACUUUGUAAUCAUGGACCAUAGAAAGUUAUCUUGUAGAAGACAGUCAUCUUUUGAGAGAAGGAUGUCUAUGCAGCAAAGGACAUCUGAGAGAGGGAGGUCAAUUGACAGAAGGAAGUCAUCAGACAGAAGAAGAUCAUCUGUCAGAAGACGUUCAUCCACCAGGAGAAGAUCAUCCGCCAGAAUACGGUUCUCUGUCAGAAGACCUUCAUUUGACAGAAGAAGGUCAUCCAGCAGAAGAAGAUCAUCCAGCAGAAGAAGAUCAUCCGCCAGAAGACUGUCUGUCAGAAGACCAUCUAUCAAAAGAAGAUGGUCUGUGAGAAGAUGGUCACAUCUAUCAUCAGAAGAUGCAGAAAGCUUGUCGAGUGACUCUGAAGAUUAUGAGAGCGAUUGGGACUCAGAUGAAGAUGAUUCAGAUAUGGAGGAAUCUGAACAUACUUUGAGCGCAACCAUGAAGACAAAUAUCCAAAUGGAAGAGGAAGGAUUAGGCUUGAUACUCAUUCAGAACGGGCCCUACCUCCAAAUAUCGAGCCUAGUGGAGAAAAGUGCAGCAGCAAGAGAUGGAAAACUCCAACCAGGUGAUACCCUGCUUAAAAUUGGACAUGCUAAUGUCUUAGGAUGGACACUGCGAGAACUCAGGCAACUUUUGUACACCACUCCUAAUGGGACAGUUCUGCAAAUCCAGGUCUACAGGGAUUUUAUGAAAUUACCAAUCCGGUGGGAAGCUGCUGUCGCCAGCAUUCCUGAAAUAAAGGGAGCUGAGAUAGCAGAGACAUCAAGUUGUGCCAGUGAAGAAGCCUGGACAAGCAGUGAAGACUCCGAUGACGAUGUCAGUGGUGGUCAUAUUAUUGAUGAGGAUGACAUUACUGGUGGGGGUCAUGUCGUUACCUUUGGUGACGAUAUUUUUAUUAAAACUGAAGUCACUGGUGCUCCUCCUAAUAACAGAACUGUACAUGCAGAUGAUUUUCAUAAUGUUAGAGCUGUACCAUCGCUUUCUUUUGAAACUUCCAGUCAACCAAAAUGGAUCUCUAAAGACUGGCACAUCUUUGAAAGGAAAACCUACACAUUUACUGUGGGUUCAGACAUUGGCUGCGACAUUAUGAUUCAUAAAGAUAUUGACGAGGAAAGCGAUAUUGACAUUUCAACUUCGUAUUUAACUUCUUCGUUGCCAUAUUGGACUAUGCCAAAAGGUAGCACUGAACCAUCAUUGUCAUCCUCUUCCUCUACUGUGUCGGAUGCAUUUUGGCUCGAACAUUUUUCUUAUGAAUUCGAGUAAGCAAGCAAUUAGAUCCAGUUUUGCACCUCCAGAAGCUGGGUUUCUGAAACUUGAUCCAGGUGGAUUUUCACUCACACAACCCAUCCUUCAUUUGUCUGGUCACCUGAAAACCUGCUUAUUGAAACAAGGGAUGCUCCCUCUUUGGAGAGGAGAGGGAAAUACUUGAAUCAGUUAUCCUACAGACAAUAAUCAAGCUGCCAAGCACAACUGUAAGAGCAACCAAUGGCCAUCUUCUGCUUUUAGAGGUCUCCAAGGCAGCUAAGAACAAAAAUGAGAAGCAAAACUAGCUACAGAGGGACUGCAAACACAAAGAGUAAUGCCAGAUAAGGGCCACUGAAAAUGUGGGUGAAUAAAAACUAAACAUUUACAGUGUAAGCACUUGACAGAUAUAGCUCAGGUGGGCAUUCCAGAGUCUGGGGAUUACCAGAGAAAAAAUCAUGGCUGCUCAUCUCUGAAGGAAGAAGUACCUGGGGCCAGGCCUCAGCAUUACAAUCAUGAGGACUGCUGGCUAACUCAGGAAGCAGAUUUUGUUUUUACUGUAGAAAAAUGGGAAGAGGGGAAACAGUUCUAAAUGCAAAGACAGAAUUCUGUUUAAUACAGUUGCUGCUAGUGUUUUGAGACCAUCUACUGGCACAUUCACUCACAUUCACGAUGUCAGUGGUGGCCACAGAAUCAAUCUUUUCAACUGCAGCAGUUGGUGAUGUAUACGUCCCAGAUGCCAGGGCCUGCGAGCCAAUUUCAUCAAGCAAGCCUUCUGAAGACUCAACAGACAUCAAGUGAGCUGCCUUCAGCUGGUUUCUGUCAAGAGAAUUGAAAAAGUGAGCAGAGCAGCCUGCUUAAGAAUCCAUAAAUAGGAUGACCUUUGAUCUGCCUGAAAGUGAUAACAUGGAGUACAUUGACUGGUAAAAGCAAAUAGAGAAAUACAUGAUUGCUUUUUUUUUUGGUAAUGUAAACAUAAUCACAGGAUGUCGAUUACUUUACAAUGGUCAUCUAUACCACCAUGAAAAUUACAAGGCGUUCUUGAAGGCAGGCAAUAUGAAGGCACAUGAGGAAAUCCAGCUUAACGUAUGUACUGGGAGUAAAAACAAACUUCAGUCACAUAGGCCCAAGAAAUUGUUGCAAUCAUGUAUGUUAAGAAAUCAUGUAAAAUUUCCAACGUCUAGAUUUCCAAGGUCUAAGAGUAAAUAAG